GAAAACAGAGUUUAUUAAAGUAGACAAGCAGGGAUGAAAAUGCAGCCUGGAAAUAUAAACAAGUCAGUAGCUGCGUUUCCAUCGACUGUAAAAUUGCGGAAAUUGGAAUUACGAAAAUAAAUUAGCUUAUAGCAAAUACACCGAUUUCGAAGAGAAAUUCAAGUUUUUCGAUAAAAAGUUUCUGUGCUACGAUAAGGUGUUUUAACAGCUGUAUCAGAAUUGGUGUAUUUGGCAAAAAUGCAACCGGAUGUUACUACUGGCGGAAAAGACAAAGGCAACGGCAGGAAGUAGGUGAAUGAUGGCGAGAUGUUUUUACAAAUGUAUUCAUGUGUGAUUUUAACUGGAUUUCUUAUUUAAUGGCAACAGCCAUUGCCAAAUGUCUUUUUGACAUAUAAAUAUGCAUUACUCUGUUAUAAUUGGGCACUCUACCAACCUCUCUGUAAUACUAAGAUAAAUAUCAGUGAUAUUUACUGUAGUACUCACUGCCAAAAUUAGCUUAGCUUUCAUCCACAAGCUAAGAUGGACAUAGCCUACGUGUUUAUCUGCCUGCCACCAGAACCUUGUUAUUCAUGUGAAGAGUUCUUUUACAAAUCCCUUUAAACAUUGAUUUUAUGCGUCCAUAGAUUUCAGGCCUUGAAACUCCUCCAUGAUGUAUGCACUCUUUAUGUUCACCAGGUAGUGAACUACAUCGACAUGGAUUGAGAUCAGAGGCAGCUUGUCCACUUCGUCUGACGUGUUUUCCUUCUCCAUCUCUUUCAGGUCAAUCCUGACAGCAGCCAUUUUGUUCAUGUAUUUUUUUUCGCACAUUGGUGUCCACACUUUUUUCAUUUUGUUGGUCUUGAAUCCAUGGGUCUUGCCUUCUAAGAUGACUCAGAUCACUUCCGGUUCAGACUUGUGGGAACUAUGCAUCGUUUGUAUUCCUAAUCCAGAUAUUGUGAAGCCCCGCCCUUCCAGGUAUUUCGCCCCCUCGCAUUCUAACUUAUUUCCUCCCAUGAGAUCUUCUCUUCCUUCUGCAGUAGUUUGGGUCCAUCCAUGCUGUGGACACGCCCCCUCCAUCAGUGGGCGGAGCUUCUCUCUCUCUCUUACCCCCCUCCUAUGGGAGUAUUUAGGUGGAGGCGAGGCGGUUCUGGUCCUCAGCAUCAGAAGCGGCUGCAUCAUCCGGACGGCAGGCUGGAGCCCUGGUACUCGUACACCCACUGGUUCCCCAUGGCUUCAGCCCAUGUGAUGAAGGACGGCGGGCCGGAGCCGAUACCGCGCAUGCAGCCCGCCAUGAUGAUGUUCUCCAGCAAGUACUGGUCCAGGAGGGGAAUGUCUCUGGACUCGGCCAUGUUCGACCAGCACAACCACCAGCAUCAGCAGAGGCACACCGGGGGACAGAUGUCCAGACGGACAUCUUUCUGUCCAAUCAACGAGAAGCCCGAUGGCGAAAACGCAGAGGAUUCUGGGAAAACAGCAGUGGUGUUUUCUCUGAAAAACGAGGUCGGCUGUCUGGUCAAAGCGCUCAGACUCUUCCAGGAGAGACGGGUCAACCUGAACCACAUCGAGUCCCGGAUGUCGAAGCGGGUUCCUAAUGAGGUGGAGAUCUUUGCCGACUGCAAAUGCAGCAAGAAAGAGUUCAACGAGCUUCUGCAGCACCUCAAAGAUCACGUCAACAUCAUCUCCUUCAACACGCCUGCACAUGUUUGGUCAGCUGAGGCGGAUGAAGAGAAUGUUCCCUGGUUUCCCAUGAAAAUCUCAGAGUUGGAUCAGUGUUCACACAGAGUGUUGAUGUACGGGUCGGAGUUGGAUGCAGACCAUCCUGGGUUUAAGGAUAAUGUUUAUCGUCAGCGCAGGAAGUACUUUGUGGAGGUGGCCAUGAACUACAAAUUUGGGCAGCCCAUCCCUCGGAUCGAGUACACCUCCGAGGAGGUGAAGACAUGGGGCGUCGUGUUCCGGGAGCUGACCAAGCUGUACCCGACCCACGCAUGCAGAGAGUACCUGAAGAACCUGCCGCUGCUCACCAAACACUGUGGCUACCGGGAGGAUAACAUCCCCCAGCUGGAGGACGUCUCCCGUUUUCUCAGAGGUGGGCCCCCUGCGUGAACAGUAGGAGCCAUAUGAUUGGAAUAAGCAAUUAUUGAAGUGACGAGAGCACACUGCUUUGACACUUGGGUGGUGGGUGUGUCGAGGUGGACGUGGCU